UUGUCAUCAGAUAGGAGUGCCGAAUUGGUUCCCUGAAAUGGCGGGCUCGGCGGUGGCGCAUGUCGUCCAGUUUACUAGGGGUUCUACUCAGCAGCUACCAUUCCCCGAAGACCUCUUCUCUGGAAAGGGGUGUGAGUGCAGCCAACCCUUGCCAGGCUUGCUAAGGCGUAUCCCCAAAGUGGAGGAGCGCCUACAUUGCAUGAGUGUCUGGCCAUCGACUCCUUCAGAGGGGAGGUCAACCCUCGAAGUUGCCCCUUCCGAGUCCUCAUUAUCAUCAUCCUUGUCUACUGUACACAGUGCAUCUAGUUUGACAUCAACAUUGGCAUCAAGUAACGAUCUCGAAACUUCGUAUAACAUGUUAGAGUCCGUCGAGGAUCUAAGAGUUACCGAUUAUGCAGCGACUUGGUGGUGACCAAUCUGAACAAGUGAGGAGGGUGUACGUGUCACCGCAGUUGACUGUGUUCGACUCUGUUAUAUGAGAGCCCUUUUUUUACGAACUCGAUGACGUUUUGGUUUGUCCCUGAAACCUUAUAAUUUGGCAACACUGUUUUACUGUCUAGUUUCUGUUCAGCUGGGACUAUUAUGAAUGUCGCUGCCACAUUGAGAUUCAGACAUUCAUCUGUACUAUCAUCACUACUCUUAAGCUUAGUCUUACUCCUUAUGAUGAGAGAUGUGCCUUGCUAUCCUCCACGUUUUUGUAUACCUAUAUAGGAGAUUUGCUCGACCUUAC